AAAAAACAGGAAGUCAAUUAAUUUCUUAACUUUUUUUGGAAUGUUGAAGAUUUCCUUGGAACUUCAUGGAUCGCCUUAUAGUCUAGCUUGUUUUAAUGCUUGGAAAUUUCCUUGGAACUUCAAGGAUCACCUUCUAUAUAUAAUUUUUUCUAACUUCCUAUCAAAAGAAAGGAAAAAAGAAAAGAAAAGUAUACAAAAUUCUCUCACCAUUCCCUUUUAUAUACCUUAUCUUGUUAUCCUUAACAGUCUUUCUUCAAAUGGCUGAGAUUCAUGAGAGGUUGCGAGGGGCUGCUCAAGCAGGAAAUAUUGAUGAACUGUAUGCAUUAAUUCGAGAGGACGCAAAUGUUUUGGAAGACAUUGAUCAGAAGCCAUUCUUUGAUACUCCACUUCACAUAGCUGCAGCUGCAGGGCACGCUGAUUUUGCCAUCGAGAUCAUGAACUUGAAGCCCUCACUAGCUUUAAAGCUGAACCCUGACGGUUUUAGCCCUAUUCACCUUGCCUUGCAAAAUGGGCAAAAAGAGACCAUCCUUGAUCUCCUGGGAAUUGAUAAAGAUCUCCUUCGUGUCAAAGGGAAGGGGGGUAAAACUCCUUUGCACUACGUAGUUGGAGAAGCAGUAGACCGUCAUCUUCUAAUCACAUUUCUCUUGUGUUGUCCUGAAUGUAUCAGGGAUGUGACAAAUCAAAAUGAGACUGCUUUGCACAUUGCAGCCCAAAACAACCUAUGGGAAGUUUUUGAAGUCUUGGUCGGUUGGCUUCGGAGGAUAGACAAUAAAGAUGGCAAAUUGUGGGAAAAAGAAGUUCUGAAUUGGAAGAACAAGGAGGGUGAAACUGUGUUCCACAUUGCGGUAUCCAAAAAUCAACCCAAGAUGGCAAAACUUCUACUAGAGUCUGGGAUCGACAAGAACGCUAAGAAUUGGGGAGGAUUGACAGCCAUGGAUAUCUUACAAGGCCAAAGCCAAUUUCGUAAAAGUGAAACAUUUGAAAUUCUAGACUAUGCUGGGUGUGUGAAGGCUUCCUCCAUCCCCAUUAAUUCAACCUUCGAUAAGUUCUUGAGAUCAAAGAUCUCGUUUUCUGAAAAAUCAAACUUAGUCAUGAGUCGGAUGAGGAAAAACAUAUCGAAUAGCACUCGCAACGCAUUACUAGUAGUGCUUGUGUUAAUUUUAACAGCCACCUACCAAUCGGCUGUCAAUCCGCCAUAUGACCUUGGCCAAGCAUAUCUUAAGCAGAACAAUGUUUUCCCGGCUGCAAUUGGUGUGGCUAAUGAUCAACCGGUUGAUUUUGGUGCCCCGUUCCCGUUUGACACUCCUAAUAACCAACCUGGCAACCCGUUCGACACUACAAAUAAUCAACAAGGUGAUUCUGGUACUGAUCUGAAUGAUCUUAUUGGGUUCAAGCUUGAGCCGCUAGCCGUGUCUUUCUCUAUCUUCAAUGCAGUAGAUUUCUUGGUAACACUUUUAGUGACACUGUUUAUCCUCCCUUGGGUUCCAUAUGGUCAGCUGCUUCAUGUUCUACUGCUGCUUGUGUUUAUCUUCUUCGUGGCGUCGAUGGGGUUGUCUCUUACAUUGACGACUUCGAACAUUGGGAUUGGUGUAUUUGGUGUCUUCGUAGUAGUCACAAUAAUUAUUGGGAUUUUCAUUGUCAACAAUAAAGUUAGAAGCAAGGAGUUCUACAGGGAGUGCAUGAAAGAAUUUGGUGACAGAGUACGCAUUCGCAAGCACAACGACAUCAAUAAGAAGUAGAAGCUUUAAAUUUGCUGGUUUAUCUUUAAUAUAUAUUGGAAAGAUAUCUGCGGUUGUCACGGGUAGAUAUGAUAAUUUUAAUAUUUGUAUUAUAUAAAAUAAUCAUGUAUUAAUAUUGUGUUUUAUGCUUUUUUUUUA